AUGGGACCUGCCCAUAAUUACGACAUGACUCUGAGUAUGCACGUUGCUCAGCACGUCUUCGACUCUGGAUCAAGGCGAAACGUGCAUGGAGCGCUAAGGGUUCGCGCCUACAACGUUGGAACAGUGUCCACAGACCUGCAUGGUCUUCUAGAAGCUGCAGAGCGCAUCGAAUUUCAAGUGAUUGCUCUGCAACUCUCUGAGAGCAAUAGCAGAAGGAGCGAGGUUCGACAGAUGAAUGAUGGCACGCUCGUCAUUCACGGAGAGGAAACGACGCAAAGUGUAGGCAGUGUUGGUGUUGUUGUGCACCCAUCUGUCGCCCAUCUUGUCGAUUUCCACAAGAUCCUGUCAUCUCGUCUGGCCAUUCGUCACCUCUUCCAUAUACGCCAAAAACUCAGCAGCAUCAUCAACUGCUACUCACUAACAUUAGCAACUGAUGAAUCCGAAUUGGACGCACCUAAGAGGAAUACAGGAUUGGAAAAUUUGGACUAG